UCUCAGCUGGUUCAGUGUUGUGGUUGACGUCGUCGGGAGAGGACGCUAAAAGUGCUUGAGAAUGGAUAAUCCCUCGCCUGCAUAUCGUUCACCUUUUUUACGUCCAUGGAUGUCACAGUCUGGGGCAGCGGCGCCUUCUGGAGGAGGGAACAUAGGCCUAAAAGGAAUUAUAGCAGGCGGGAUUACGGGCGGCAUUGAAAUCUGCAUCACGUUCCCCACCGAGUACGUCAAAACGCAACUUCAAUUGGACGAGAAAGGCGCCGGAAAACGUCAAUAUAACGGCAUCGUCGACUGCGUGAAGAAGACCGUCAGUAGCCAUGGGGUCUUGGGGCUGUAUAGGGGGCUGUCAGUCCUCCUCUAUGGGUCUAUACCGAAGUCUGCCUGUAGAUUCGGGGCGUUCGAACAAUUCAAAAAACACAGUGUGGACGAGAGGGGUAAUUUAUCCCCGGGCAAGAGGCUCCUAUGUGGUCUAGGGGCGGGAGUCACCGAGGCAAUAUUCGCCGUCACCCCGAUGGAAACUGUCAAGGUGAAAUUCAUCAACGACCAGCGCUCGGCCAAUCCCAAAUUCAGGGGAUUUUUCCACGGCGUCAAUUGCAUACUCAAGGAACAAGGACUUCGGGGGACUUACCAAGGCGUGACGGCUACCAUCAUGAAACAGGGAAGUAACCAGGCUAUGCGCUUCUACGUCAUGGAAACCUGUAAGGAUAAGUAUCGUGGAGGAGACCCAACCAAACCUGUCCCCAAGCUGUUGGUCGGUGUGUUCGGUGGGCUGGCCGGAGCGGUGUCAGUGUUCGGAAACACCCCCAUCGAUGUAGUCAAGACCAGAAUGCAAGGUCUAGAGGCCAGUAAAUACAAGAAUACGUUCGACUGUUUCUGCAGGAUUUGGAAGAACGAAGGACCGCGAGCGUUCUACAAGGGCACUGUACCCAGGCUAAGCCGAGUGUGUUUGGACGUAGCCAUUACGUUCAUGAUAUACGAUACCUUCAUGGAACUGUUCAGCAAGGUGUGGAAGUAGAUGGAACGCCUCAGGGUGCGGUGUACGACAAGUGAGGGGGUGGUGGGGGGGUGAGAGUGGUAUUUUGAGAAGUAUCGUUUAUAUCGAGGAACAACAAGAAAGGAAGUUUGAUCGUUUAAGUAUGGGACGUGUCAAGAUGCGGGAUUGGGAGCAAGAAUGGCGUUUGUAAGUCGGUGAAAGAAGCAAUGCAAAUGUAGAACAGACGCAACAAGAACGGUGUUUGGAAUCCACACGUCAAGCGGCACAAAUAAAGAACGUGAAGAACAGAACAAACUCGACAAGAACGGCGUUUGGAAUCCACACGUCAGGUAAAAGCGCCAUCUGUGUAUCAGAGCCGAUCAGUAGUUUAUUGUCGGAAGUAGCCAACCCUCAGGUCUCGGGACGGCUUAUUUGAUUGGUCGAUUUGUUAUUGAUGAAAGGUAGCCAACCCUCACACCUUGCAACGGCUUAUUUGAUUGGUCGAUUUGUCUGGUUCUAGGUACAGUCAGUUCUGCUAUAACGCGAUAGUUGUGUUCUUGUAAAACAUCGUGUUAUAGAAAUUUGCGUAAUAGAAAUAUCAGGGCUUAUGGAGAAAAUAGGGCUAGGUGCAGA